UAUACCUCACGACAGAAAGACAGCAAGCAUCAUCUUUUUAUAAACUUUGCCCACAGAACUGGCCCCAGGUGGCACUUCAGUAACUUCCACAAGGUCACAUAGUGACACACGGAAGAAUAUUGGUCAAAGUGCAGUGUCUAGUCAAGGACAAGAGGUGAAGCCAGAAGGCAAAUGUGCUUUCCUACUUAGAGAAGUGGCACCUUCCCUGGCCUGAGGAGUGGAAAAAAGAAUUGAUGUAAAGAAAGUUAACUCCUAACAGGAGACCUUCGAUCCCUCAGUAACAGCUAACAAGCUGCUGCCCCGCGUCUGCUUACUGGUGUAAGGCACAUGGGACACACAGUCCUGGGGCUGUGACUUGGUGGCUGGAGACAGAAGUCAGACAGUGACUGCUACACAGAAUAAGUGAGCAAUCUCUGUAGCAUGUUAGACCAUGGUAAGAGGGAAAAAAGUCUGGAGGGGGUGAGGGUGAUCAGUGGUGAUAUGUGGGUGGGUUGUCUUGCUGAAUGGCCAGGGUGAGGCUUGCUGAGGUGAGGUUUGAGCAAAGACUGAAGCAAGUGAGGGACUGAAGUGGGGUGUGCCAGUCCACCCAGGGUCCAGAAAGGAAGCCCAAGAAGGAAGAGGGUCAUAGGACCUAACUUUGAUUCAUCAUCCCCAAGACCCCAGAAGUAAGUUCUGUAUUGUGCCUGUUUAACAGUUGAGGUUUCUGUGGCACAGAGAGGUCAAGUAACUUGCCCAAGAUGACACGGCUAAUAAGAACAGUUAUCACUUCGGUGUGUGGUCUGACUCCAGAGUGACCUGUUAACUACCCCUCAGGGCUUCCUGGCCCCUCCUGCCAAAAACAAGGCAGGGCUCUGAGCCUGUGCAGUGUCUCAGAGUAUAGACCAAAGGCAAAGCUGGUGUCCAGGGCUCCAGCCAACCUCUUUAUCUCUCCCCAGUUUCCCUGAAUUGCACUGGUUUUUAACCACCAGGUUAGUGACAGGGCAAAAGAAGCCCAUUUAUUGGGUGUGAGGACUGUGAAGAAAUGAUGGCAUGGUAGCUGCGUUCAUUUCUCUUUGCCGUUGUGACAAAUUAUCACGAACUUAAUAUCUUCAAAUGACAUUCACAUAUUCUCUUACAGCCAUGAGAGGCAGAAGUAUGAUGUGGUGUCAGCAGGGACCCGCGUUCCAUUCCUCCAUCUCCCCAGCCCGCGGGGCAGCAUCCUCCACCCACUCUCUGAGCCUCCCUCGUUCUGGGAAGGAGCCCACCUGGAUAACCCGGGACCGUGGUGAUGUGAAAUAAUGCAUUUGGCCCUGUUUUCCCAUGUACAACCCCUAAAAUCCUUGAAUCUCCAAAGUGGCGUCUGUUGGUAUGCUAAUGAGUAGACUGCGGCAUAGCCUGGGAAGCUUCGGGAAGGGGCCGGUCACCGGAACAGGAGGCAAGAGGGUGGGGACUUCCAGCCUCUUGGGAGGGCGGGGCGGAGGUGGGGUCCACUGCAGUGGCGGAGAGUUCCGGGGCGUCCAGCCGUGGUCGUGGCCGUGGCCGUGGCCGGCUGAAAAUGCUUCUGUGAGAGUUGGCUGGGGCCACAUUAAACACACACGCACUAACAACAGCUCAUGAGCGAGAAAUAGCUCCAUGCGUAAUGUUGGCGCAGAUCCGUCACCGCAGAUGAGCGCGCACGGCCAGGCUCACCGCGGUUGGACGCCCCUGGAUCAAUCAUGUCUACGUAACGGAGCCUCCAUAAAAACCCCCAAAAGCAGCGCUCAGAGAGCUUCCGGACCGCAGAACGGAGCGGGCUCCCGGAGGGUGGGAGCCACCUCCACUACGCAUCGCCCUGCGCAUCUUGUCUGAUCCUCCGUAAUAUCCUUUAUAAUACCCCGCCCUGCCUUCCCCCUACUCUGUCCCUCUCAGAAAGAGGACCCUGAAGAGAGAGAAAAGGAUGCCCACCACACGAGGAAAAUCCAAAUCCAAGGCACCGGUGACGUUUGGGGAUGUGGCCAUCUACUUCUCCAAGGAGGAGUGGGAAUGUCUGAGCUCCACCCAGAAAGAUUUGUACCAAGAGGUCAUGUUGGAGAACUAUCAGAACCUGGUCUCCCUUGGUCUCUCUAGUCGGAGGCCAAACGUGAUCUCCUUAUUGGAGAAAGGGAAAGCGCCCUGGACAGCAGAGCCAGCAAAGCCAGCGAAGUCAGCCGCGAAGCCCGCAGCGAAGACCCCAGCGAAGCCCGCAGCGAAGACCCCAGCGAAGCCCGCAGCGAAGACCGCAGCAAAGCCCGCAGCGAAGCCGGUAGCGAAGCCCGCAGCAAAGCCCGCAGCGAAGCCAACAGCGAAGCCAGCAGCUAAGCCAGCGAGAAGACCUGGGGAGCCCGACUCUGGGCCUAAAUGUGACACCAGGAAGUUACCUCCAAAUCAAUCCAACAAACCUGGACCAAGCACCUCUCAGAAACCAGUUUCUGCACCACAGAAAGUUCCCAUAGGAAAGAAGAGCUCUAAUAAAAAUUCAGUCCUAAAAAAACCCAAGAAAGGGCAUGCAGGGAAGAAAUCAUUCAAAUGCAAUGACUGUGGGAAAACUUUUAAUCAUAGCAUCUCUCUCAAACUUCAUCAAAACACUCACACUGCAGAGCGGCCUUAUGAAUGCAGUCAUUGCAGAAAAGUUUUCAGGCAGGUUUCCUCCCUCAUUCUUCAUCAGAGAAUGCAUGAUGGAAAGAAAAGCCAUGAAUGCGAUAAAUGUGGAGAAAGCUUCAAACAAAAAACAACCCUUAUUCUACAUGGGAGAAUUCAUGAUGAGAAGACAAUCAUUGACCGUGCAACAACUUCAAGUCAGUACUACUCUGUCACUCUAAAUGAGAAAUUUCGCAUUAUCGAGACUGUCCAUAAGUGUAAAAAAUGUGGGAAAGCCUUUGGUCGGUUGUCAUCCCUUUUACUUCACAAGAAAAUUCACAACGACAAGAAGAAGGAUAAACGCAAGCAACGUGGGAAGAGCUUCAAGAAGAAAUCCAUCUUUGUUACACAUAAGAAAAUUCAUUCUGGAGAGAAAACCCCUGCAAGUGAGAAGGCUUCAAGUCAGAAUCUACAGCAGAAACAUCACCUUCCACACAAUCCUUAUAAAUGCAAAAAAUGUGGGAAAUCCUUCAAUAGGAUUUCACCCCUUAUGCUUCAUCAGAGAAUUCACACUUCAAAGAAACCCUACAAAUGUGAUAAAUGCGAGAAGACCUUCAGGCGAUUUUCAACCCUUGUUCUGCAUCGAAAAAUUCAUAAGGGAGAGAAAGUACACAGGUGCAAGAAAUGUGACAAGGUCUACAAUCGACAUUCAGCCUUGAUUCAACACCAGAAAACUCAUCUGAGGAAAAAGAAAGUGUUUGAGUGUAAGGAAUGUGGGAAGAAGUUUUGUGGAAUUGCAAACCUUAAAGUGCAUCAGAACAUUCAUUCUGAAGACAAACCUUUCAAGUGCAAUAAAUGCAGUAAAGUUUUUGGCCGCCAGUCAUUUCUUAUUGAACAUCAGAGAAUUCAUACAGGAGAAAAACCGUAUCAGUGUGAGGAAUGUGGGAAAGCCUUCAGUCACCGAAUAUCGCUAACUCGACAUAAGAGAAUUCACACUGAAGACAGACCCUACGAAUGUGAUGAGUGUGGGAAGGCCUUCAGCCAGAGUGCACACCUUGCCCAACAUGAGAGAAUUCACACUGGAGAGAAGCCAUAUACAUGCAAAACAUGCGGGAAAUCCUUCAGUCAGCGCACGUCCCUUAUACUACAUGAAAGAAGUCACACUGGAGAGAAACCCUAUGAAUGCAACGAAUGUGGGAAGGCAUUUUGCAGUGGCUCCGACCUCAUUCGACAUCAGAGAAGUCAUUCUUCAGAGAAACCCUACGAGUGCAGUAAAUGUGGGAAGGCAUAUAGUAGGAGCUCUUCUCUGCUUCGACACCAGAAUACACAUUCUGAAGAAAAAAACUAAGGUCAUUCUAAAUCUAGAAAAGUAAAGGAGGAAGCUAUCAAAGGAACAGAGUGAGAGGUAUCAGGAAAGUAUAUUUGUCUUUCACAUAAAUUUCGUGUAUAUUUUUGGGACCAUUUGAGGGAGUGUUCCACUGUGACAGCCAAAGAGCAAAAGUCAUUGACGAUUUUUGACCUCAGGAUUUGAAAUUGUCCAUGUUAAGUGUAGAAUAUUGGAUUAGUCAUUGUAAAAAAAAAGACCAUUUUCACUUCAUAAGAAUUACUCAUAUUUUAUUUCCAGUUUAGUUUUAAAGAUACUUCAGUCCAGGCGUGGUGGCUCACGCCUGUAGUCCUAGCACUAUGGGAGGAUCACUUAAACUCAGGAGUUCAAGACCAGCCUGAGCAAGAGUGAGACCCCUGUCUGUACAAAAAAAUAGAAAAAUUAGCCGGGCAUUGUGGCGGUUGCCUUUAGUCCCAGCAACUUGGGAGGCUGAGGCAGGAGGAUCAUCUGAGCCCAGGGUUUUGAUGUUGCUGUGCUGGAUAACACCACGGCACUGUAGCCUGGGCAACAAGGUGAGACUCUGUCUCAAAAAAAAAAAAAAAUUGCAUUUGGCUGGGCGUGGUGGCUCACACCUGUAAUCCUAGCACUCUGGGAGGCCGAGGCAGGGGAUUGCUUAAGCUUAGGAGUUCAAUCAAGACCAUCUUGAGCAAGAGUGAGACCCUGUCUCUACAAAAAGUAGAAAAAUUAGCCAGGCAUUGUGGUGGACACCCGUAGUUUCAGCUACUUGGGUGGCUGAGGCAGGAGGAUCAGUUAAGCCCAGGAAUCUGAGGUUGGUGUGAACUAGGCUGACACCACAGCAACAGAGUGAGACUUGGUCUCAAAAAAACAAAAACAUAAAAAGAAAGAAAGAAUUGCAUUUGGCUGGGCGUAGUGGCUCACGCCUGUAAUCCUAGCUAGCACUCUGGGAAGCCAACCGGGAAGAUUGCUUGAGCUCAGGAGUUCAAGACCAGCCUGAGCAAGAGUAAGACCCCAUCUCUACAAAAAAAUAGAAAAAUUAGCUGGGCAUUGUGGUGGACACCUGUAGUCCCAGCUACUUGGGAGGCUGAGGCAGGAGGAUCACUUGAGCCCAGGAGUUUGAGGUUGUCAUCAGCUGGGCUGAUGCCACAGCACUCCCCCCAGGGCAACAGAGUGAGACUCAGUCUCCAAAAAAAAAAAAAAAAUUGCAUUUGGCUGGGAGUGGUGGCUCACACCUGUAAUCCUAGCACUCUGGGAGGCUGAGACAGGAUGAUUGCUUAAGUUUAGGAGCUCAAGACCAGUUUGAGCAAGAGUGAGACCUGUCUCUGCAAAAAAAAUAGAAAAACUAGCUGGGCAUUGUGGCGGUUGCCUUUAAUCCCAGCCACUUGGGAGGCUGAGACAGGAGGAUCACUUGAGCCCAGGGGUUUGAGGUUGCUGUGAGCUAUGAAGGCACAGCACUCUAGCCUGGGCAACAGAGUGAGACUCUGUCUCCAAAAAGGAAAAAAAAAGUAAAUAAAUAAAAAACAAACAAAAAAAA